AUGGAAGAAAUACCCAGUGAUUCCGAAGAUAUCGAAAGCGAUGAGCAAAACGACGAAGUUGAGGAGGAGGAGUACGACGAAACUGCUCAGGAAAAGCGAUAUCGAUUGGCUAAGGAGUACCUGGCUGAACUGGAGCGACAGGAGGCGGAAAAAUCGGAAAAUAAGCAAAUCGAUGCUGAAGCCAUAGCUGAGAAGUUGAGGGAUCAUUCGGAGCAGAUCCGUCGAGUACAGCGAAGAAUCGCUGAUUCCGUAAGUUUUUUUUAA